ACAUUCCUUCUCUGACUGGUGAAAAAACAACGGUUCACUCACGGGCUGGAGAGAACGUCACCCUCAACUGCAAAGUCAAGCUACUGCCAGAGCUGCAGAUGCAGAACCUCCGGAUCCACUGGCACGUCUUCCGAGAAGGGGAGGGCUCUGUGGUGCACAGCUACUACGCUGGGGCCGACAGGCUGCAGGACCAGGCUGGAGAGUUCCAGGGUCGGACCCAUCUCUCUCUGAGAACGCUCAGCCAGGGGUGGGUUUCCCUGGGCCUCACCAAUGUGCAGCCAGCGGACAGCGGGGAGUACCGGUGCAUUGUCGUUGACACUCACUAUGCAGUCACGGGCGACGUCAUUCUCCAAGUAUCAGUGCCGUAUGAAACCCCACAGAUCAGCGUUCUUUACCGGGAUGGCAAUGAGGUUCGCUGGCAGUGCGAGGCCAGAGGCGGUUAUCCUGAGGCUGAAGUGACGUGGCACGAUGGGAAUGGAAAGCAGCUGAUGCAGUCGGAGCCAACGGAAUUCCUGAGAACCAGGGAGGGAGUCUGUAUUGUGCAGAGCAUCCUGACAGCAAGUGUCCAUGGCGCGCGCUCUGUUUGCUGUUCUGUUCUCCACAAACUCUUACGCCAGAACACGAGCAUCUGUCACAAGCUUCCAG